CGAGCGGGACCAGCAGCACCGAAAGAGCCCAAAUAUGUGCAAAGUGGAGAAGAGCAACCUGCCGCCCAUGGCCCCCGUGGAGCCACAGGCCACUAAGCCCAAGUUCGUCAUGGCGCACGAACCGCAGAGCGAUUUCCACUGGACCCCGACCGAUGAGCCGCACGCCACUCGUCGUAAGCUCAUCAUGGCCAAAUACCCGGAAGUCAAGAAGCUCUUUGGCCACUGCUGGAAGACUAAGUACGUCAUCGCGGCUACAGUGGCGCUGCAGACGUAUCUGGCACUCAAUGCGCAGUACAUGUCGUGGCCCGCCUACUUCCUCAUCAUGUACUGCAUCGGAGGCACAGCCAACCACGCCAUGAUGAUGGGAAUGCACGAGAUCUCGCACAAUUUGGGCUUCAAGAAGCCUUUCCACAACAAACUGCUGGGCAUCUUCGCGAACCUGCCCAUCGGCGUGCCGUCCUCCAUCUCCUUCAAGCGCUACCACCUGGAACACCACCGCUACCAGGGCGAGGAAGGCGUGGACGUGGAUCUCCCCACGGACCUCGAGGGCAAAAUCUUCAACAACAAACUCACCAAGUUCCUUUUUGUCGUCUUCCAGCUCUUCUUCUACGGCGGUCGCCCUCUUCUCGUGAACCCCAAGACGCCUGGCAUGUGGGAGUUCUUCAACGCUGUCGUGUGUCUCAGCUACAACUACGCCAUCUACGUGUACGGCGGACUGUCUGGCCUCCUCUACCUGCUUCUCGGCACGUUGCUGGGCUGUGGUGUGCACCCCGUUGCUGGCCACUUCAUCGCCGAGCACUACGAGUUCGUGCUGGGCUACGAGACGUACUCGUACUACGGCAUCCUCAACCGCGUUACGUUCAACGUGGGUCUGCACAACGAGCACCACGACUUCCCGUUCGUCCCCGGCUCGCGUCUGCACCAGGUGCGUGCGCUUGCCCCCGAGUUCUACGAGGACCUGCCGAGUCACAAGUCGUGGGUCAAAGUGCUGGUGGAUUACAUCAUGGACGACAACAUCAACGCCUACUCCCGCGUCAAGCGCCACAAUCUCACCGAUGACGUCAAGGAGAAGAUGAAGAGCGACUAA